ACAGGGAAAUGGAUAGUUCAGAUUAGUGAUUUAGCAACAGUGCUAUUCAAGCCAAAUUCCCAAUAGAGAAAAGCAAGCACCGCCUCUCCAACUCAGCGAAUCUCUCUCCCUCUCUCUCAAGUCUGAACCAGUGGAAGCUCCUGCAAUUCGACAAUGAACAGCUUGAUUAUCAGAAGAAAUCUUGCUGAAAGUAUCAAAAGAUUGAAGCUUUCUCAAAGGACUUUGUGUACUGACGCAGCUGCACAAGUUUCCAGCUCCAAUGGUGCCCAACCCGGCAAUGGUCGUGUGGAGCAGCCGAAUUUUUCGAAUAAAAGCAAUCCGUAUGACAUUGCUAUUGUUGGAGGAGGGAUGGUUGGCAUGGCUCUUGCUUGUUCCUUGGCAAAAAUGCCGUUGACAAAGCAAUUGAAAGUUGCCAUCAUUGAUAGCAAUCCCGCAGUAUCAAAUGGGCUUAGCAUCGAGAAGGAAGACCCCCCUGAUCCAAGGGUCAGUACAGUAACACCUGCGACCAUAUCUCUCUUCAAAGAUAUUGGCGCUUGGAAAUAUGUGGAACAGAAUAGACAUGCAUAUUUUGAUCAAAUGCAGGUUUGGGACUAUACUGGCUUAGGAUAUACAAGGUACGAUGCAAGAGAUGUACAUAAAGAUUCUCUGGGGUGUGUAGUGGAGAAUAAAGUACUGCACAGUUCUCUAUUGUCAUGUAUGCAGAAUACAGAUUUCCAGAAGACUAUCUACCCUUCCAGAUUGUCCACAAUGACUUUACAGCCAAGAAACUUAUCCAUGGGGGUGGGAAGCACGUCAUCUGGAUUGAAUGAGCAGGGGAACUUAGCGAAGCUUGAUCUAAUUGAUGGCAACAGUCUAUAUGCAAAAUUGGUGGUUGGAGCUGAUGGGUCCAAGUCACGUGUUAGAGAGUUGGCAGGAUUUAAGACAACUGGAUGGAGUUACUCGCAGAAUGCAAUCAUUUGUACUGUCGAACAUAGUGUGGAAAACCGAUGUGCAUGGCAACGCUUUCUACCUGCUGGGCCAAUUGCACUUUUGCCAAUAGGUGAUAAUUUCAGCAAUAUUGUUUGGACUAUGAAACCGAAAGAAGCAACUGACCGUAAAUUAAAGGCUGAGGAUGAAUUUGUGAAAGAUGUCAAUUAUGCUCUGGAUUAUGGAUUUGGUCCACAUCCUAAUUCAAGCACCUCGGGAGGUGGAGGCAUAUUUUCUUGGUUUAAAACAAACACGAAUUCAUCUGCCAAUGAUUGCUUCAAAGUUCCACCGAAAGUGUUGAAGUUGGCGUCUGAAAGAAUGGUGUUUCCAUUGUCUUUGAUGCAUGCCAACAACUACGCGUCAAAGCGUGUGGUUCUCAUCGGCGAUGCAGCACAUACCGUUCACCCUUUGGCUGGACAAGGGGUUAAUUUGGGUUUUGGAGACGCGUUUGCUCUUUCAAGAAUCAUUUCGGAGGGAAUUGCAGUGGGAGCAGAUGUUGCCGAGGUAUCGUUGUUGAAGAAAUACGAAGCAGAGCGGAAAUCAGCAAAUGUCACAAUGAUGGCAAUCCUGGACGGGUUCCAGAAGGCUUACUCCGUUGAUUUCGGUCCUUUAAAUGUUUUACGGGCAGCUGCAUUCAGUGGAGCACAGUACUUUCCACCCCUUAAGAGGAGUAUUAUUUCAUACGCAUCAGGGGAUCAAAGAUUGCCAAUUUUCUCUUAGAGACAGAUGUAAAUAUUGUGAGACGUUUUCAUUUUUUCCGUCAGUCUUGUAAAAGAAUAAAUGUUCUUGUCAGCAAUCUUAUGCCUCGGGGAUUCUUGAGCCAUUUUCUUUUCAAGUAAAACUUACAACUCGUA